AAAUGCAUGGUAAAGUUGAAUGAUACAUCAAGACAUAGGUCGUAGGCGUGACGAAUUAACAAAUGUCAUUUGUCAGAUUGUGAAAAUGACGUCAACAUCCUCCGGCUUCUGUCGAAAUCGCUACUUCAAUUGAGCUUCAAUGAAUUAUGAGAAUAAGUCGAUGUAAUAACGAUUCAAAACUAAUUUAGAGGUAUAAUCGAGGCGUGAUUGUUCUGAUGACAUAUAAUUCGAAAUUUGGGAAACCCCCCCCUCCAUUUCAACCCGAUUAAUUUACUUGUCCGGUUCAUCGCAGAAUGACAAGGACCCUCCACAAAUAACUUUCCAUGUUUGUUCGGUUGCAGCCGGCGAAACGACAGCUGUCGAGCCUGAAGCACAAAUCGUCUAGAGACCACACCACAGUCGAGGAUCACACUACGAAUGAAUCGGCUUUCGGCAAUCUCUCCAUCGAAAAACUGUACGAGAACGUGUUCAAAGAAAGUGCAGAUCCUGGACAGCAAAACGCUACAUUGAACGAGUCAAGGAAAGGUACCAAAACCGAAAAGGUGUUCCCGGACGGUUCGAAGGAAACAAAAUACAGUAACGGGAACACCAAAACUGUCUCGCCGGACGGUAAUCUGAUUAUUGUACAUUACUACAACGGAGACAUAAAGGAAACGAACUUGACGGAGCACACCAUAAAAUAUUACUAUGCCGAGACUGAGACUUGGCACACUCAAUUCGGGGAUGGAUCGGAGCUGUUGGAGUAUUCCAAGUAAGUUUUGGAGAAGUCUUUAAAUGCUCCCAAUGAAUAAUAAUGGUCACUUCCCACAGCUACCAUUUUGUCCACUCUUCAUUACUGCCAGGUAUCAGGUGCCGACUCCACAUUACUUUGUAUUUCAACUGC